CCCAAAACCCCCCAGAGUCUCGCAAGCACCUAAUCAAUCCCAAGAAAGAAAACCCCCCGGCUAUUAAAUAAUUGCUUAUCGCGCAGAAACGAUCGAUCGAUGGACCAGGAGCAGCAACAGCAGCAGCAGCAGCAGCAGAUGAUCGCAAACCCCAGCAGUCGUCGAGGAGGGCGCAUGUGACGGGGCAUUCCAUCCAUCCAUCCAUUCGAAUUCUCUCUCUCACCCCCUCCCUUCCCGGUUGCUUGCUUGCUUGUUACUGCGGCGCUUAGGAUUGGUCCAUUUUGCUCGCCUUGCUUGGUUGGGUCUCUUGUCUUGCUUGGUCGUCUUUGAUCAUCCUUGAGGGGUAGCUUUUAUCUUGACAGGAGAGCAGGAGAGGAAAGGGAACACACGCACACACAUACUAGCGAACGCCCACUUUCUGGGUUUCUGAGGAGGAGACUGAUUUAGCUGUCCACUACUAUUGAUUGCCCAUCAUGAGCGGUGCGGGUGGAGAUGCGAAGCUCUUUGCAAGAGGCAAGGUCGCGGAGCUGCGCCAGGAGCUGAACAGCGGCGGCAAGAAGGACAAGAACCACGCCGCCAAGAAGAUCGCCUUGAAGAAGAUCGUCGCCAACAUGACCAUGAGCAAUAACGAUAUGGUGGCGCUGUUCCCGGAUAUCGUCGCCUGCAUGCAGAUUCCUAGCCUAGAGAUCAAGAAGAUGUGCUUCUUGUUCCUGGUUAAUUAUGCGCGCAUGAAGCCGGAGGUUGCGUUAAAGGCAUUGCCAACAUUAGAAGAUGAUAUGAACGAUUCGAAUCCCUUAGUUAGAGCACUGGCGCUGCGGACCAUGUCAUAUAUCCAUGUCCGAGAAUUCGUCGAAGCCAGCGUCCCGCCUACGAAAAAGCUCCUCCGAGAUCCAGACCCUUAUGUCCGAAAGACAGCUACUUUCUGCGUAGCGAAACUCUACGACCAUGAUAGAAAUCUUGUUGAGCAGUCGGAUCUUAUUGAUAGGCUGAACUCGAUGCUCCGGGACGAUAACCCCACAGUUGUGGCGAGCGCAUUGGCAAGCUUGAUGGAUAUCUGGGAGAGAAGUGAUGCUAUCAAGCUUACUAUUGAUUAUGGGAAUGCUUCCAAAAUGGUGCAGAUUCUGCCGGAUUGCUCUGAAUGGGGUCAAACAUAUAUCCUUGAGGCAUUGAUGUGCUAUGUUCCUCAGGACCCUUCUGAGGCUCUGCUAUUGGCAGAACGAAUAUCUCCACGGUUAUCACAUUCGAAUUCUGCCGUGGUGCUCACGUGCAUAAGAGUCAUCCUCUACCUUAUGAAUUACAUUGCGGACCAGAGGCACAUAUCAGUCCUAUGCCGAAAGCUGUCUCCUCCACUCGUAACCCUGCUAGCGAAGGGGCCGGAAGUGCAAUACCUGGCUCUUCGAAAUGCCUUGCUGAUAUUGCAGAGGCGACCCGAGGUUCUGCGGAACGACAUCAGAGUUUUCUUCUGCAAGUACAACGACCCAAUAUAUGUCAAGGUGACCAAGCUGGAGUUGAUCUUCAUGCUGGCAACCGAAAAGAACAUCGAGGAGGUCCUCACAGAAUUGCGAGAGUACGCCACCGAGAUCGAUGUACACUUCGUUCGCAAAUCCGUCCGAGCGAUAGGGAAGCUGGCCAUCAAAAUCGAACCAGCAGCUCGGCAGUGCAUCAACACUCUCCUGGAACUAGUGGCUACCAAAGUCACGUACAUCGUGCAGGAAGCAACAGUGGUGAUCCGCAACAUCUUCCGCAAGUACCCCAACCAAUACGAAUCCAUCAUCUCGACGCUCUGCGAAAAUCUGGAUUCUCUCGAUGAGCCCGAGGCCAAGGCGGCCAUGAUAUGGGUGAUCGGGCAAUAUGCAUCCCGGAUCGAGAACUCGGACGUCCUCCUCGAGGAUUUCCUCUUUUCGUUUGCCGAUGAGCCGGUCGAGGUGCAGCUCGCCCUGCUCACAGCGACGGUGAAGUUAUUCAUCCAGCGGCCUACCAAGGGUCAAGAACUGGUCCCCAAAGUGCUCAAGUGGGCCACGGAGGACACGGACAAUCCCGACCUGCGCGAUCGCGGGUAUAUGUACUGGCGGCUCCUCUCCUCGGACAUGGCAACCGCCAAAGCGAUCGUCAUGGGCGAGAAACCCCCCAUCACCGCCGAGGCCGAAAAGCUCGACCCCGUCACCCUCGAAGAGAUGUGUCUCAACGUCGGCACCCUCGCCACCGUCUACCUCAAGCCCGUACAACAAGUAUUCCGCUCCGCGCGCCCCCGCAAACUCCUCGACAGCCCCGCCCUCCAAAAGCACACCCUCCCGACCUACGCCGACAAUGAUCUCGACGCCCAGAAAUCCCUCUCCACCUUCGGUUUCGACUCGCAAGCCGCCGUGCGCCCGCCGCCCCACCACCACCAGAACAACGGCGAUCUCGCCGCCGCCGUCGACGCCGCCGACGCCUUCUUCGCGGGCGUCGGCGCUCACCAGAUGGCUAACCUGCACCUCACUCCGGACGAUGGCUUCGGUGGUAGCCCCGUCUCUGGAAGGGGAGAGAUGCAAUACGUCGUGAAUCAGAAUGCGCCAGAGCAGGUCUAUCAACCGACUAUGGGCGCGGGCUCGAAUGGUGAUUUGUUGAUGUUGUAGAUUGCAUGCUUGCAUGCAUGUAUGUAUGCAUGAAAGGGUGUUUUUAGUUUAUUUAGUUGAUGGCUGGAUGGGUGGCGCGCGUGGGAGCGUUUGAUGGACAUAUAUCAUAUCAUUAUAUAUAUAUAAAUAUCAUGGAUCGAUGGAUUGAUGGAUGGCUCAGUAAGCUAGCCAACAUAUCGGGG